UAUUAGCUGACAAUAAUGGCGGCGCCCAUGAUGUGAAUUUUGUCGGUUUGUAAAUUAAUCUUUUUUAGCAGAAUCUGGUGAUAUUAAGAAUAGAAACUCAAGAUGACGGAUGCAUGGAAUGAGAUACAAGCAUUAAAAUCGAAACAGAGCAGCUUUAGAGCUAAAAUAGCCGCCAGGAAAAAGGAACGAGAAGGUCUUGUCGCUGAGAUAUCGAAAUCGACAACUUCCCCGAGUGUCCCGUCUUCAAAACCGUCAUCAAGUGGAACUGAAUCUAAAGCAGAAGCCACCCAAGAAUCUGAAGUUUCUGGUCAGUCACCCAAGAAGCUACCAGCAUCUGUUGUGAAGCCUGUGCCUAUCAAACAUGACCCCAGAAGGUUUGUAAAAAGAAAUGAAAGCAUAAAGCAUCAAGAAAAGGCCAUCUUAACUGGUUCAGUCAGGCUGGAUUUGUCUAAGCUAUCAGCAGUUGCAGACCAGACAGGAGCUAAAAGAAAGAGAGAUGAAAAUGCUGAGGAUGAGGCGAGUCAACCAACUGCCAAACAAAGUAAACAAACAUCAAAACAAGAUUCUAGCUUUAGUGUGGAGAGUUUAUUAUCAGUGCAGACAGCUAAAGAAAGAGAGAGUAAGAAGAUGACAGAAGAGAUAAUGCAGAUAUUGAGUGCCCCAACAACUAAAGAGAAAAGUCUGAUGGAGAGGUUUAAAUCACAAGGAGGUGCACAGUUACAGGAAUUCUGUCAGUUUGGGACAAAGGAAGAAUGUCUAAAACUUAAUCAGGCUUCACAACCUUGUACAAAACUUCAUUUCAGGAAAAUUAUUCAUAAGCAUACAGAUGAAUCUCUGGGUGAUUGUUCAUUUUUGAACACAUGCUUUCAUAUGGAUACGUGUAAGUAUGUACAUUACAAAGUAGAUUUUCCUGAAGAUUCUCAGAAGUCACAAAAUUUAAGGAAAGAAGCAAACAUGGCCCUUGCAAUGUCUUCAGAUUCCAAUGAGCAAGUGAACAUGUUUCCACCACAGUGGAUUCAGUGUGACAUAAGGUACCUGGACAUGCAGGUAUUGGGUAAAUGUGCUGUAAUCAUGGCUGAUCCACCGUGGGAUAUUCACAUGGAGUUACCAUACGGUACCAUGCAGGAUGACGAGAUGAGAAAGAUGCCUGUACCAUUAAUGCAAGAUGAUGGAUAUAUCUUCCUGUGGGUCACUGGCAGAGCUAUGGAGUUAGGGCGAGAGUGCUUGGAACUAUGGGGAUAUAAAAGAAUAGAUGAGAUAAUAUGGGUAAAGACAAAUCAGUUACAGAGAAUUAUACGUACAGGAAGAACUGGUCACUGGUUAAAUCAUGGCAAAGAACACUGUCUUGUUGGAGUAAAAGGGAAUCCAAAAGGAGUUAACAAAGGUCUUGACUGUGAUGUUAUUGUAGCUGAGGUGCGGGCAACAAGUCAUAAGCCUGAUGAGAUAUAUGGUAUUAUUGAAAGAUUAUCCCCAGGCACUAGGAAGGUGGAGCUGUUUGGAAGACCUCAUAAUGUCCAACCCAACUGGAUUACACUUGGCAAUCAAUUAGAAGGGGUUCGACUCGUUGAUCCAGAAAUUGUUAAACGUUUUAAGGAAAAA